UGCGCAAAGCAUUCGCGUCCUCCUCUCGUCGCGAGACGCAACGGGUGUUGAAUGCGUUGCCGUUUGACCACAUGUUAUCAACCGCAUGAAACUUCGAAGAAGUUGUGAAAAUAUCCGCCGUUUAAACCCAGUUUCAUGGAAGACUCUGGUGAGCCCAUGACUGGGAUGUUGGACACGAAUGCCCCUGAUAACGGGGACGCUCCUGCUAUGGAGGGCACCGGGGCCGAUUACGGCACAGACCCGACCGCGACCGACUGGACGGCUCCUCCGGCGAAUCCGGAAAGCCACGAGUGCGAGCAGAUCCAGCAGCCAUCUGCAUUGGAACAAAACCAGCUGUACUCGAUGGAGCAUCUGAAGUCUGCAGCGGAGAACAUCGACCGCACAGCCAGUCCUGCAGACCCCGGUGCGGAGAGCCUCGGGCAGCAGACGGAGUCAAACGGACAGCAGGACGAGGCGAAGCCGGCCGGAGCGGGAGACUCGGAGAGCCCUACCAAUAUGGAGCUGGAAGACGCUCCCAAAGAAACCGCAGAAGCAGAGGAACCAGCGACAGACACAGCCGCCACACACGAAUCUGAGCUUCCUGCAGAUUACGAGCGGCUCUUUAAAGUUGUGGAGGAUAAUCCUGAAGACUUCAACGGCUGGGUCUACCUCCUGCAGUAUGUUGAACAGGAGAACCACCUGGUGGCUUCAAGGAAGGCGUUUGAUGACUUUUUCCUACACUACCCCUACUGUUACGGCUACUGGAAGAAGUACGCAGAUAUUGAGAAGAAACACGGCUACGUACACUUGGCCGAUGAGGUUUACCGUCGAGGUCUGCAGGCGAUUCCGCUCAGCGUCGACCUGUGGCUGCAUUAUAUCACUUUCCUGCGAGAGAACCAAGACACUAGUGACGGAGAGGCUGAAAACCGCAUCAGAGCGUCCUAUGAGCACGCCGUUCUGGCCUGUGGCACAGAUUUCCGCUCUGACCGUCUGUGGGAGGCUUACAUCGCAUGGGAGACGGAGCAGGGCAAGCUGGCUAACGUCACGGCCGUCUACGACCGCAUCCUCUGCAUUCCCACCCAGCUGUACUCGCAGCAUUUCCAGAAGUUGGCAUCCAAUCAGGGACUUGGGCUAAAAGUGGGACGGGCUCGUGACGAAAUGCCACCGUCCCAGCACCGGCCAGAGCUGAUUCACUGGAGAGUGACGGAGAUCGAGAACAUGAGGCAUAAGGUGACCGAGACCCGCCAGGAGGUGUUUAACCACAACGAGCAUGAAGUCAGCAAGCGCUGGGCCUUCGAGGAAGGGCGAUUUUCGAUUCCCAACCCUAUUCAUGCUUCAGUUUAUUUUAUGCUGUUUUUCUGGCUGCAGACGAACCCGAAGCUGUACCUGAACCUGCUGGAGCUGGAGUACAGCGGCGAUGUGCAGCAGAACGAGGCCGAGAUCAUGGCCUGCUUCGACCGAGCUCUGAGCAGCACGAUGCAGCUGGAGCAGCGCCUCAUCUUCUCCCAGCGCAAGCUCGAGUUCCUGGAGGACUUCGGCAGCGACGUCAACCUGCUGGUGGCAGCGUAUGAACAGCAUCAGAGACUCGUGACGGAGCAGGAGUCGCUGAAGAGGAAAGCAGAGAACGGUGAAGAGCCGGACUCAAAGAGACAGCGGACAGACGACCAAUCAGGAGCCUCGGGUCAGAUGAUGCAGGACACGCAGGCCAAUCACGCCGGAUACAACUACAACAACUGGUACCAGUAUAACUCGUGGGGCGGUCAGAGCUCCUGGGGUCAGUACGGUCAGUAUAACCAGUACUACCCACCUCCUCCAACAUAACAGACUGCGCCAGCCGUGUCUACUGCUUCAGCUUCAGCAUUCAUCCCGUCUCCAAUCACACGCGGUGUGCUUUCUGUGUUUGGCACGAGCUCUUUUCCCUCUAAGUGCAAGUGAGUUUUUAAUGAGCAGAGUUGGUUUAGUGCUUCUGGAGGUUUAGUUGUGUUCGCGGACAGAUUGACAUUCGUCUGGAAGACUUGAUCCUCAUCUCCGCUCCUGCGUGUGAUCCUGUUUUCAGAGAGAACCGUGAAACAUGAAGACCUUUUUUAUUUUGACUUGGUUUCAUAAUAAAGAGAUUGACAUCCCA